AUGAGGAUAACAGUUGCAAACGAGAGAAUAGAAGCGACACCAGAAUCCAUUGGUGUCAACCCGCAGUUGGGGCGCCUUGACGCCAGCCUGCCUCAGCACAGCCCACAGAGGCGCCUAGCUUUGACUGGCUGCACCAAUGGAACUAGCGAUUCGGUCUUUCUAGCCACUGCAGGCCGGGCACUUGACCCAUAUUCGGUGCUGCGAUUGGCUGAGGUCCGCCAAGAGUCAGCCUACGCUGCACCAGUCGCCGGCAGGCACACCACGAGAAGGGUGCGGGCAACACUUUCUGCACUUUCUUCGACAACGCCAGCCUCCUACUUCUACUCGCGCGAGGCCAUCGAGAACACCAGUUGGCACUCUCGGAAAUCGAAGCCGUUCGAAAGCGGGACCGUGACCAUGACCUCUGGAAUCAAGAUCGUGUACCCUCUAGAUGGAGAUGCUGGCACUGUCGAUACCGUGGUCGACAUCGUCGCGAUCCAUGGCAUCGGUGCCCACCCCGACGACACAUGGACCUGGAAGAGGCCGGACGAGAGGACAAAUUGGCUGGCAGAUCCCAACAUGCUCCCGAAGGCAGUCCCCAACGCACGCAUAAUGCGCUUCGGCUACAAGUCUACAUGGUUUGGCAACGAGAAGGACGAACCGAAGAAAACUGGUCGAAGUCUUUCCACCACACUGCUGGCCUUGUCUUUUUCGGAACGCCUUUCCGAGGACGAGCAGGUCUAUCUAGUUCAUCAAAAGUUGGGAAACGAAAUAGACGACGAUGCUGCCACACGGCUUGUCGACUCGUUGGAGUAUAUGCCAUUGGCCAUCGUGCAGGCCGCUGCCUAUAUCGCGCAUCGAGCGCCGCGCUGCUCAGCGGAACAGUACUUGGAGAGGUUUGAGAAGAGUGAUCGGAAGAGAGCGACUUUGCUGGACUACGAAGGCGGCCAGCUCCGUCGAGAUCGCGAAGCCAAGAACUCGAUCAUCAUCACAUGGCACAUAUCUUUCGAUCAUAUUCGGCAAACUAGACCAUCAGCAGCAGACCUGCUGGCGCUCAUGAGCUACUUCGAUCGGCAAGGCAUACCUGAAUACUUGCUCAAGGUACGGGAUGAUAAUCAUGAUGCUGAAAUGGCCGCAAGCAAUGCCAAUCCGAGCGGCCUAGAGGAUGAUGAGAAUGGUGAGUGGUCGUCCAUCGACUCCACAUCCAGUGAUGGAGGUGCAUUUGAGGAUGACGUCAUUCUGUUAAGAAACUUUUCAUUUGUUUCUGUCACUGAAAAUAGCGACGUCUACGAGAUGCACCGGCUUGUACAAAUAGCGACGCAAAAGUGGCUCGCAAAUGACGGCCAGGAAGAAAGGUUGAAGCAGCAGUUUAUCGGCAAUCUUGUCGCUCAUCUUCCUGAUGGGCAGUACGAGAAUUGGACUUUAUGGCAGGCAUUGCUACCGCAUGCGAGAGCGGCGUCCAGGCACAAAGUGAAGGAUGAAGCAGCAAUGCAGGAUUGGGCUACGAUUCUCUACUUGACUGCCUGGUAUUUUGAGAGAAUAGGUAGCGGUCAUGAGGCCGAGGAAGCGUCCGUUCUUGCUAUGAAGGCCAGGACGAAGCUUCUCGGAAGAGAGCACCAAGAUGCAUUAAACAGCAUGACCAUGGCAGGGUUGGCUUACAAACUUAGAGGUCGGUGGGAGGAAGCGGAGAAGCUGUUUGUGGAAGUGAUGGAGUCUCGCAAGCAGAAACUGGGAGCGGAUCAUCCAGACACGCUGACCAGCAUGGGCAACCUGGCGUCGACGUACAGGAAUCAAGGUCGGUGGGAGGAAGCGGAGAAGCUGGACGUGGAAGUGAUGGAGACGAGCAAGCAGAAACUGGGAGCGGAUCAUCCUUCCACGCUGACCAGCAUGGGCAACCUGGCGUCGACGUUUUGGAAUCAAGGCACGCUGACCAGCAUGGCCAAUCUCGCCCACACCGACUGCGAGGUGCUCCCGGCCUACGGGGAAUCGAGCGACGAGUACGACUCCGAGACCUGGGAGGAGAUCCAGCAGGAGCAGAACGAGCCCGCGCGAGCUUGCGCCCCAGACAACGCGCCCCAGUCCGAGGAAGAGGUCGGAAGCAUACUCGACUCCUGCGUCGAGGCGUACCAGGCGGACUGGUACCACGAUAAGCUGCCCAAUCGAAAGAGCUUGGCACAGCUCGCGUCGUCGUCCGCGCAAGCACAGCGCCUCCUCCACCAGGAACACGACCACCUGGUCCGCAUAAUCGCCCAGCUUCGACGCAACCUAUUUGCUCCCAGAGCCCCCUGGACCCGCGUGGCGAGGCUGGUGGAGGCCGCCGGCGUCCUGCGACCUAGCGUCAGGGACUUGCUCAAGGUCGAGUGGCGGCUGGGCUACCCCCAGCCGCCCGCGCCCGCGACAGCCUGCGACAGCCUGUGUGCUGCCGGCGACGAACACGAUCAGGACGGCGAGGAGAUAGAGAGCGACUUGGAGGACUGCGACUGCAGACGACGGCCCGCCAUCGCCAUCGCCCCCGCGCCCCCGCCCCCCCCGCCCCUAGCCUCCACAGAGCCCAAGGACAGCGCCCCCGACGAUACCGAGACGAGCCAGGCGGAAGCCCUAGCCGGGCGUUUCGCGAACCGCGGCAUCUCCGACAAGGACUGGGCGAGCCUCUGCCGGCUCUUCCAGAUGGACGCCAACGCCGAGGCGCACCAGCCGGCCGGGUUCAGGCUCGCGCUCUCGAGCUACCAGCUGCCUGCCGUCUGGUGGCAGCUUACGCAGUAUCCUGUGCGGCAGGUCCCCGGCGGCUGCCUCGGCGACGAGAUGGGCCUGGGCAAGUCCUUUGAGGUCAUCGCCACCUUUGCCAUCUUCGCCACGAUCAAGACGAGCUACCAAAAGGUGCGCCGCGCCUGGCGCCGCGCCGACCUGACCGCCGACGGCCAGGAGCACCUCCCGGAGGACCAGCCCGCUACAGUAAUGGGGUGCCCCAGCCAGCACCUCUCCCCAUACGGUCUACUCUGCCCCCACCAGGAGCCCCCGCCCCGCCAGGACCACCAAGCAGAUGCGUGGAAUCCUCCACAACACGCCAACGUGGAAUGUGAAAGCACCCAAAGCCAGGUCCAAGCACCUCAGACUCGGACCAAUGGAUCCGACAAUGCCGUAGAGAAACGAAAACGACCUCUUUUGCCGGAGCCGUCCAGCCAACGCCCGCCGUCUCAGGAUACGCCAGAACCAUCCGGUAUAAUAACCCAGGCGGGCGCCGAGCCGCCAGAGCGGAAGCGUCAGAGGAGGUCGAUGUCGGAGAGGCCUCUCAUCCCGGUUGCAGAAUUGCCGACGGGCCCUCGUCCUCGGACAACAGGGGCUCAAAAGGGAAAGACGAAGGGUGUCUCGACGGGCACGGGGAUGGCCUUGAGGGGGCGGCAUACCCGCAUACUGCUCAAAUGCGUCAUGGACAAUGGUGGCACAACUUGCCAACUCCAGUUCACAUUGGGCCCAGACAAGCCACCAUUCUUGUCGUUGGCGAAGCCCCGCCGACGGGCGGCUCCUUGCAGGAAGCCCCGUCCAUCUCCGAAUACGGCUGCAGUGGACCCAAAUGAAGAUAAUGUGUUCGAAGUGAAGCGGCUCCUCGCGCGGCGUUGGAAGCAUAAGUUCUUCCUCGAGUGGGCAGAUGGCACGUAUUCUUGGGAACCUCGCCGAAACAUCAGCGAGACGCUUGUUCGUGACUUCGAAGAGUCUUACCGAGGGUUUGAUGAGGGGGUAGACGUUCUCAAGCUUCGACACGGGAAAGCAGGGUCGAUCCAGUGGCUCUUACACUGGCAUGGACGCCCCUGUACGGAGGAUGCAAGGGUCGACGAAGGGCUUCUGAGCACGGAACUACGAGAACGCUGCGGGAGCUACAUUUUUGAUCACGAAUGGGUGAACUAG